GGGUCUGGGCGGGCUGGGCGUGAGGACGACGGACGGUGACGAUGGCCGCAGCGGCAGGCGGCGGGCCAGGGGCGACAGCGGGUGCCGUGAGCGCAGGGGGCGCGGCGGCGGCCGCGGGCCUGGCCAUUUAUCGGCGGAAAGACGGGGGCCCCGCGAGCAAGUUUUGGGAGAGCCCGGACACUGUGUCCCAGUUGGAUUCGGUGCGGGUCUGGCUGGGCAAGCACUACAAGAAGUACGUUCAUGCAGAUGCUCCUACCAAUAAGACGCUAGCUGGACUGGUGGUACAGCUUCUCCAGUUCCAGGAAGAUGCCUUUGGGAAGCAUGUCACCAACCCGGCCUUCACCAAACUUCCUGCAAAAUGUUUCAUGGAUUUCAAAGCUGGAGGCACCUUGUGUCACAUUCUUGGGGCGGCUUAUAAGUACAAAAAUGAACAAGGGUGGCGGAGAUUUGAUCUACAGAAUCCAUCCCGAAUGGAUCGUAAUGUUGAAAUGUUUAUGAACAUUGAAAAAACAUUGGUGCAGAACAAUUGUCUGACCAGACCCAACAUCUACCUCAUUCCAGACAUUGAUCUAAAGUUGGCUAACAAAUUGAAAGAUAUCAUCAAGCGACAUCAGGGGACAUUUACUGAUGAGAAGUCAAAAGCUUCCCACCACAUUUAUCCAUUUCCUUCCUCACAGGAGGAUGGUAAGUUAAUUUUUGGUUGAGAAUUGAUAAACACAUACAUACCAUAGGUUUUUAUAACA